AUGUUCCGCCUGGUGUUUAGACUGCUUCUGCUUGGCGUUCUACUUCCAACAGUUUUUCUCGGUAAUCCAUGUAACGAAUGCAUUCCUCGAGCACCAAGUCAUUGCUGUAGCGGUAAAUCUGGUCGUUGUUGUGAUUUCCGGACGAUGGUUAGAAAGAAAAGAGGAGCGGAUGAGUAUCAGUAUUUUUCUUCACGUGGUCGUGGUCGCAAAUUUCCCCAAAAUCGGAAUAAUCUUUCGGAAUCUACUGAAAUAAACGAUCGUUCUUCAUCUUCUCCCGAAAAAUCUAUCAGCAUGGAUACCGCUAGCGAUCGGUCCUCGUAA